AUGGGGGUAAGUGAUGACGCCAUUCGCCUAAGUUCUAUCAACACAUGGGAAGAGCUAGCUCAGAAAUUACUUGCUAAGUUCUUUCCUCCAGCUAAAGUUGCAAGAUUAAGGGGUGAGAUAAACAAUUUCCUUCAGAAUGAUGGAGAAUCCUUGUAUGAUGUGUGGGAAAGGUUCAAGGAGUUGCUGAGAAAAUGUCCUCAUCAUGGGAUAGAAAAGUGGAUGUUAGUCCACAAUUUUUACAACAGAUUGUGUGGUACUACACGCACAAUAAUAGAUGUUGUAGCAGGUGGAGAUUUUAUGAGUAAAAACGCUAUUGAAUCAUAUGAGCUAUUGGAGGAAAUGGCCAUGAAUAAUUAUCAAUGGCCGGCUGAAGGGGAGAGAAACAAAAAGGUAGUCGGUGUACAUGAAUUAGAUGCAAUCACUGCUUUGACUGCUCAAGUUGCGACAUUGACUAAGCAAUUGCAACAGAAUACAAUAUCAGCCAAUGCCAUUCGGUUACAGAUAGGGUGUGAAAUUUGUGGUGGUCCUCACCAAUUUGAGCAGUGUAUGACAACAAAGUUCAAUAACACCAUCCUUUUGGAGCAAGUCAGCAUGAUGGGUAAUUUUAAUAGGCAAGCCAACAAUCCUUUCUCCAAUUCAUUUAAUCCAGGGUGGAGAAAUCACCCUAAUUUUUCAUGGAGAAAUAAUCAGGGUCAGCAACCUCAAUUCCAACCUCAAUCUCAGCAAAUCAUGCCUCAACCUCUAGCGCCACCAAUUCUUGAGGAGAAGGCAAAUGAGUUACAAGCUGCACUAUUGACCUUGACCAACCCCCAAGCUCUGUUUAUGACUGAAACUCGGUCAUCCAUCAGAAAUCUCGAAAUGCAAGUGGGUCAAUUGGAAAAUUUGUUACAAAUCAGAUCUCAAGGAAAUUUUCCAAGUAAUACUGAGGUAAAUCCUAAGGAGCACUGCAAUGCGAUCUCCUUAAGGAGUGGUAAGGAGUUGGAAAAGUCAAUUGGGAAGUCUGGUCUUCAACCGAAAAUGGAUUGUGAGAAAGAGGGUAAGGUAGAAGAAAAGGUUACUGAGAGGGCAACUCAUCAGUGA